UGUGCACGUGCUUAAUAAAACAGCUAUUUAAUAUACACUUGACGCAUGAUAGAAUUCUGGUUAUGCUUAACCAUGGUCGUAUCAUUCAUCUUUGUUACAAACACAAUACCAAAAAAAUGAAUACCGAUCUCACUUUUAUGUUCUAAGAUGGCCACUGCUGAAAUGAAUUAUAUGUCGUUGCGUUCCGCCAAUCAAGCUCGAGAAGCCGAAGAGACGAAGGCCGACCAGCGAAGAAAAAAUGUGAUUAUUCUUAUGCAUGACUACCUGAGAAACUCCGGAUUCACCAGUACCGCUUCAUCUCUGGCUUCGGAAACUAACUUGCCCCUGGAUACCUUUGAAGUUGCCGACAAUGUUGAUCUGGAGACAAUUCUACAAGAAUACGAGUCGUAUUAUUUUGUGAAAUUCCAACGACACCCAAGAAUCAUUCGGAAAAAUGGUGCAAACCAAUCUGAUGAUAAAAGUUCAGCGCACAAAAGACCAACCCCAAAACGAUCCUACACAACUAAUCAAAGUUCUUUACCUAAAAUAGAUCAAAAUAGACCUUCUACGGGGGGAGCUACUGGACAAUCAAGCAAUGGACCUCAAAGUUCAAACGCAACUCCUCAGAAAACUUUAUCCGAAAAGAAAACUUCGGCCGGGACAAUAAAACGAAGCAGUCCAAAAGACGACACGAAAAGCAACACUUCAGAUUCAAGUUCAACUGCAAAUAGUGUUAACAAUUUUUCAGGGCUAAGCGUUCAAGGCGUCACAGCUAAAAACGAACCGCAAACGGGUCGCGCAAAAGCGGGUCAAAUAAUCGAUUACCGAGCCCUGUUAAAAGAUGCCAUUUUUGGAGAUGGUCAACACGAGAAUCCAAAUCCGAAUGGUGCGAAUAAAAAUUUUUUCACAGAUGUCAUGACAAAAAAGACCAGUGCUGAUUACGAAGACAAAUUUUUGAAACCAGUCGGCGCAUUAGCGGGUUACAAUUCCGAAAUGCGAGAACUCGCAGUCUCAAUAAGCAAAGAUAUUUAUCUUGAAAGUACAAACGUUAAAUUUGACGAUAUAAUAGGCUUGGACAACGCCAAAAAGCUUGUAAAGGAAGCUGUGGUUUAUCCGAUAAAGUAUCCCGAACUGUUCCAAGGAAUUUUGUCUCCUUGGAAGGGUUUGCUUCUCUAUGGGCCCCCGGGUACGGGUAAAACAUUGCUGGCCAAAGCGGUCGCCAGCGAGUGCAAUACGACCUUUUUCAACAUUUCUGCUUCGAGUAUUGUCAGUAAAUGGCGCGGGGACUCCGAAAAACUGGUUAGGGUGCUAUUUGAUCUGGCCAGGUUCCACGCGCCGAGUACCAUCUUCGUUGAUGAAUUGGAGAGUUUGAUCAGCCAGCGAGGCGAGGGUUUUGGAACCGAACACGAAGGAAGUCGACGAAUGAAAACCGAGCUUUUGGUCCAGAUGGAUGGGCUCGCACGUUCGGAUGAUCUCGUUUUUCUUCUCGCUGCUUCGAACUUACCCUGGAUGUUGGACCAUGCAAUGCUACGCAGGCUUGAAAAAAGAAUCCUAGUUGACCUGCCCAUAGCAGAAGCCAGAGAUUCAAUGUUCCAGAAGUUCUUGCCGACGCUACUGAAUGACCGAGCCAGUCACAGUUGUCUGAAAUUACACACAAAUCUAGACUACCAAGAACUAGCCGAAAAAUCAGAAGGUUAUUCAGGUUCAGAUAUAAGGCUUGUGUGUAAAGAGGCUGCAAUGGAUAAAGUCCGGGAUAUUUUUGACGUGCUUGAAAACUGCCAAUCAGCCAAAGAUCUUCCACAAACCUUGAGUUUGAAAACGAUAACCACUGAAGAUGUUUUGCAAGCACUCGAGAAAACCAAACCCUCGGCCAAAGGCUUGAAAAGCAAAUACGAUGCCUGGGAGACUCAGUUCCAAUCUAUUUAAUCUAAAUUUUUGAAUUGAAUAUUUGCUGCUUUCUAAUUAUGAUUUCCCGAUUGAUUAUGUAUCUACAUGAGCUUUAAAUUUAUUGCAAAAAAA